GUGACCUUCCUGUGUGGAAUCCCGGGAAUACAGAGGACGGGGACAUCUCUCUGGUGGGUUCCCAUGACUGGAUCCAUCUAGAUCCUUGUGUCCUUCUAAAUACUCCCACUCCUCCAUGGAGAAAUAGACAGUGACACCCUGACACCUUAUAGGAACCUGACACACACAAUGAUACAGUCACCAUCCAGACACAUCCCUUGCCUGUUACUGGAGAAUGUCCCAGAAUUCCCGGCACCGCUCACCUCUCCUGUCAGCAGCUCAGUGAUCUCUCUGGUGACUUCUAGAAUCUUCUUCUUC